AUGCUGAUCAGUCGUCCUGAACUCUUACAUAUUGAUGACAACCUGGUAGGAAUCAAUUCCCGUUUGGAAGAAAUGUUGUCACUAUUAUGUAUGGAGUCAAAUGAUGUUCGAAUGAUAGGAAUACAUGGAAUUGCUGGAAUAGGCAAGACUACCCUCGCCAAAGGAAUAUACAACCAAAUUGCUCAUCAAUUCGAAGAUACUAGCUUUCUUUCAAAUGUUGCAGAGGUAGAGGAACACCGUGGAUCGCUUGGAUUACAAAGACAACUUCUAGAAGAUAUCCUAUGGAAAAAAAUUGCACGCAUAAGCAACAUUGAUGAAGGCAUUAGCUUGAUAAAGAAGACGCUUUGCUCUAGAAAGGUUCUUAUCAUUCUAGAUGCUGUUAGUGCUUUGACUCAAUUAGAAUCUUGGCAGGGAGCCAUCACUGGUUUGGUUCAGGCAGACCUUCCUGACGAUAGGUUUUGGGAGCUCUCCGGACAUGCAUUAAAUUACUGUGAUGGACUUCCGCUUGCUGUUAAAGUUGUGGGAGCUUUCCUGUAUCGCAAGCCGGAGCUUGAAUGGGAAGAUGAACUGCUUAAGCUAACAACAGUAGGGGACGUGACAGUCCAAAAAGUGCUUAGAUUAAGUUACGAUAGACUGGAUCACACAGAAAAGGAUCUAUUCCUUGAUAUUGCAUGCUUCUUCAGAGGGAAGGACUCAGAUUCUGUUGGAAGAAUACUUGACAUGCAGUAG